AUGUCCGAACACUCAUCUAUGCACGCAAGUGCAGACCCGUCUUCAUCAAAGCCGUCAGGCUCAGGCAAGGCCAAGGUCAACUGGAAAAACGGCCCGCCAAGCUGCAAAGAACCAUCCAAAGAUGCAGCCAAGCUCUCCAAGCUUCAGAACGAGAAUGAGGACCUGAGAGCCCGUCUGUCCGUGUUGGAGAGCAAGAUGGGCACUCCCAACAGCAGCCUCGGCCGUUCGUCGGACCACAGCACCCCAGCUCGUGUUGCCGCCCUGGCGCAGCUCGACUCGCAAUCUGGUUCAACUCGGUUUGGAGCGACUUUAACCGCACCUGAUUACACCCCCUUCUCGGCAGUGUCGCCGGAACCCGACGCCGCCGUUGCGCACGUUGAUCCUGAUCUUCGCGACGAUAAUCACCUGGACACAGCCGACGGACCUGGGACUGGUCACAUGGAGGUAUCACGUGAAGGAGCAAAAUAUCUAGGCCGCGGCGCUGGAUCUCUGUUGAUUUGUGAAGACGAUGAGUCUACCCACCCAACACUUCUUUUCCCGUUCAUGGGCUCCGAUAAGAAUCUUCUUAGCAGCGUACAUGAGCUCUUCCCUCCCGCCCAUGAGGCGUACGAAUUGCUGAAGGUGUAUGAUGACUUGGUCGAGUGGAUGUACCACCCCGUUGAUCGCUUCGCGGUCGGCCACAUUCUCGAAGGCAUUUACAGCAACUCCUCCAUUAAUGAGGCGAUCCAUCACAUCCCACCACACCGCCUGGCCACCGUUCUGAUGGUGCUGGCCCUCGGUAUGGUCUUCUCUGACCGCCCAAUGGCUCAAUCUGCUGCCCUCUUCAACGCCGCUUCUGCCCUCCUGUGUGUCCCAGAACGUCAUUUCAUGGUCCGUCACUCCAUGGCGGCUGUCGAGACCCUACACAUGAUGGUUUCGUACCUCUUCAACGUUGGACAUUCGGAUGGGACCAAGGCAGCAUGGCAGAUUUUGGGCAUGUGUACCCGGAUUGCCUGCUCCAUUGGCCUACACCGCGACGCGUCCGAAUGGGGUCUGUCCGUUGAGCAGCAGGAGCACCGAAGGGUGCUGUGGUGGGAGUGCACGACAUACGAUGUCCUGCAGAGCCUCAACUUUGGCCGGCCGUAUUCGACACCUCGACAGCUCUACGACUGCCCGAUGCCCGACAUGCCCGCCGACGGCGGACUGGCACCCGACGACUCUGUGUUCCACAUUUUCCUCUACCGCCUUGGCCAGUCGUUCGUGUAUGUCGUCGACUACCUCGCCGCGACAAUCCUUCCAGACUACUCCGAGGUGGUCAAGAUUGACUCGGAGAUCCGCCGCGUCGAGGCUGCCGCGCCUGUGUGGCUCAAGUGGUCCGAUUUUGGCGAAGGCAACGUUGAUCGCUUCAACCUCAGCCAAAAGCACAUGAUCCAGCAGCAUUCGGCCACCAUGUUCUUCCACAAGGGCCUACUGAUGCUUCACCGCCCCUACUUCUUCAAGGCAGUGGCGACGGGUAGUGAGCCGUUGCUGGGGCCGUAUGCUGCGUCGUUCACCACCUGCGUCACUUCAGCUAGGAAGCACACACGCUUGGUGGCGUCGCUUCUCAACCGUUGCCCUCAGGCGGCGUAUGGCUGGUGGUAUUUCAUCUUCCACGCCUACACCGCUGCCGUGAUCCAAUACACUGUACUUCGCCGAGUGCCGCAGAGCAUGAUGGCCGACGACGUGCGGGCCGACUUUUUGGCAUCACACGAUAUCAUUGAGCAAAUGUCCCGCCAUUCCGGUGUUGCCCGCAGAGCCCUGCCGAUGCUCAACCGCCUGCGCGAGAGGAUUCGUGCAACGACAACUGGCAAGGGGACUGGACUCACCCCUGUGGAGGGCUCUCUUGGGAACAACACGGAGGAGAAUGCGCUCCUGGACAUGUUGUUUGGGACAUUACAAUCGGACGGUGUCCCAUCGACAGGCGAGCCCCACAACCAGGUCCCGUACCAAACGUCUUCAGUUCCUGGGCUGGCAGGUGCCAACGCCUACGGUAUGGAUCCUGUGGCGUCAGCUUCAGCCUUCGACACUGGACUCAUGCUUGGUUUUGAGCACCCUGCCCCACUUGCGGCGCCCCAAGAGCAAAUGUCGAUCACCGACCCGCUCAUCCAAACAUUGUUGUACUGGAACGCAAUUGCCAAUCCCGAGGGACCACAAGGCUGCCCUGUGCCGCAAAUGUAA